AUGGCAGAGGACGCGGGGGGGGCGGAGUUCUGCCUCUCCGCGCUCUAUAUAAGCGGCCAGUGGCAGCGGCUGCGCGCUGCUUCUGACCUUCAGGCUGCCGGCUUCAUCGCAAUGGCGCCCUCCAGGAAGUUCUUCGUGGGGGGGAACUGGAAGAUGAACGGGCGGAAGAACAAUCUGGGGGAGCUCAUCAACACUCUGAACGCGGCCAAGGUGCCGGCCGACACCGAGGUGGUUUGCGCACCCCCCACCGUCUUCAUUGACUUCGCCCGGCAGAAGCUAGAUCCCAAGAUUGCAGUGGCUGCGCAGAACUGCUACAAAGUGGCUAAUGGGGCCUUUACGGGGGAGAUCAGCCCUGGCAUGAUCAAAGACUGUGGAGCCACGUGGGUGGUCCUGGGGCACUCGGAGAGAAGGCAUGUCUUUGGGGAGUCAGAUGAGCUGAUUGGGCAGAAGGUGGCUCACGCCCUGGCAGAGGGACUUGGAGUAAUCGCCUGCAUUGGGGAGAAGCUAGAUGAGAGGGAAGCUGGCAUCACUGAGAAGGUCGUUUUCGAGCAAACCAAGGUCAUCGCAGAUAAUGUGAAGGACUGGGGCAAGGUUGUCCUGGCCUAUGAGCCUGUGUGGGCCAUUGGUACUGGCAAGACUGCGACACCCCAACAGGCCCAGGAAGUACACGAAAAGCUCCGGGGAUGGCUUAAGUCCAACAUCUCUGAUGCAGUGGCUCAGAGCACCCGCAUCAUUUAUGGGGGUUCUGUGACUGGGGCAACCUGCAAGGAGCUGGCAAGCCAGCCUGAUGUGGAUGGCUUCCUUGUGGGGGGUGCUUCCCUCAAGCCUGAAUUCGUGGACAUCAUCAAUGCCAAACAAUAAGCCCCGCCCGUCUCUGCUACCCUUCCUGCUGAGACAGGGACUAGGUAGCUCAGAAGCCCAGUAACUGUACUGCCUCCCCGACCUUCACAC